AUGGAUUUAACAGGAAAUUCUAGUCAAGGUAUAGGUGAUGCACAUUUAGCAUCAUUUAUUGAACAAGAAAAUCAAAAACAACGUUUUCAAUCUGUUGUACAUUCUUUAACUGAACAAUGUUGGGAAUUAUGUGCACCAAGUAUAUCAUCAAGACUUGAUGGAAGAACUGAAACAUGUUUAGCUAAUUGUGUUGAACGUUUUAUUGAUUCAAGUAAUUAUAUUAUUAAUAAACUUGGUCAAGAAGGUGCUGCUGCAUCAAUGAAAUCAAAUGAAUUUAGUUCAUCAACUGAUUUUUCAUUGGGUACACCUGAUAUGGGUCUUCAAACACCGGAAUUUUCAACAGAUUAUAGUUCAUCAACAACAAAUCAACAAGAGAAAAAGAGUAGUUGGAAAUUUUGGUAG